GAGCUGUGGCUGUGGCGGUGGCGGCGGCGGCGGAGGCUCCUCGGCGGCAGCAGUCGCAGCAGCGGCAGCCUGGACGAGGGUGAGACGGCCGCGGCGGCUCGGAAGUCGGGCGGGAUCGGGAGCUUCCCGUCUACCGCUGGCGCUGAGGCUUUUUUUUUUUUUGCCUUUUCUGACCCGGCUUCUUGCUCCCGGCCCUGACUGGGCAGGGCAGAGCUCCCCCGGGGAGGGGCGGAGCUGUAGAUAUGGUGUAAGAUAUUUGUUCAAGACUGGACAGCUGAGGACCUGUAAAUCCUGAUGAGCCUUAAGCCAGCUUGUAGCCAUAGAGAAACCUCACCGAGUUACAUUGUUUUUCUUCCUGCUUCACCCGGUUCCCUGCACCCAAAUUCAUCUUGCAACCAUGUAUGGAAGUGCUCGUUCAGUUGGGAAGGUGGAACCGAGCAGCCAGAGCCCUGGGCGUUCACCCAGGCUUCCGCGUUCCCCUCGCUUGGGUCAUCGUCGGACCAAUAGCACAGGGGGCAGUUCUGGAAGCAGUGUUGCAGGCGGCAGUGGGAAAACCCUCUCCAUGGAGAAUAUACAGUCCUUAAACGCUGCCUAUGCCACAUCUGGCCCCAUGUACCUAAGCGACCACGAAAAUGUGGGUGCAGAAACGCCUAAGAGCACCAUGACACUGGGGCGCUCCGGAGGACGUCUGCCCUACGGUGUCAGGAUGACCGCCAUGGGCAGUAGCCCCAACAUCGCCAGCAGUGGAGUGGCCAGCGAGACCAUCGCCUUUGGGGAUCACCACCUUCCUCCCGUGAGCAUGGCGUCCACCGUACCUCACUCUCUCCGCCAGGCCAGGGACAACACCAUCAUGGAUCUGCAGACGCAGCUCAAGGAAGUGUUAAGGGAGAAUGAUCUUUUGCGGAAGGACGUGGAAGUUAAGGAGAGCAAACUGAGCUCCUCGAUGAAUAGCAUCAAGACCUUCUGGAGCCCCGAGCUGAAGAAGGAGCGAGCCCUGAGGAAAGACGAGGCUUCCAAGAUCACCGUUUGGAAGGAGCAGUAUAGGGUCGUGCAGGAGGAAAACCAGCACAUGCAGAUGACGAUCCAGGCUCUCCAGGAUGAGCUGCGGAUCCAGAGGGAUCUGAAUCAACUGUUUCAGCAGGACAGCAGCAGCAGGAGUGGCGAGCCGUGCGUGGCCGAGCUGACGGAGGAGAACUUCCAGAGGCUGCACGCCGAGCAUGAGAGGCAGGCCAAGGAGCUGUUCCUGCUCCGCAAGACCCUGGAGGAGAUGGAGCUGCGCAUCGAGACCCAGAAGCAGACCCUCAACGCUCGGGACGAAUCCAUCAAGAAGCUGCUGGAGAUGCUGCAGAGCAAAGGGCUGUCUGCCAAGGCCACGGAGGAGGACCACGAGAGAACGAGGCGGCUGGCAGAGGCGGAGAUGCACGUCCACCACCUGGAGAGCCUGCUGGAGCAGAAGGAGAAGGAGAACAGCUUGCUGAGAGAGGAGAUGCAUCGAAGAUUUGACAGUGCCCCUGACUCUGCGAAAACCAAAGCUCUUCAAACCGUUAUUGAGAUGAAGGAUUCCAAAAUUUCCUCCAUGGAGCGUGGACUCCGGGACCUGGAGGAAGAAAUUCAGAUGUUGAAGUCGAAUGGGGCUCUGAGUACUGAGGAACGGGAGGAAGAAAUGAAGCAAAUGGAGGUGUACCGGAGCCACUCUAAGUUUAUGAAAAACAAGGUAGAGCAACUGAAGGAGGAGCUAAAUUCGAAAGUGGCUCAAGGGGAGGAGCUGAAAAAGAGAGCGGCUGGUCUUCAGGCUGAGAUUGGCCAGGUGAAGCAGGAACUGUCCAGGAAGGACACAGAGCUCCUGGCCCUGCAGACAAAGCUGGAGACGCUGACGAACCAGUUCUCGGACAGCAAGCAGCACAUUGAGGUGCUCAAGGAGUCCCUGACUGCCAAGGAGCAAAGGGCAGCCAUCCUGCAGACCGAGGUGGAUGCUCUCCGGCUGCGUUUGGAAGAGAAGGAGACCAUGCUGAACAAAAAGACCAAACAAAUUCAGGAUAUGGCUGAGGAGAAGGGGACACAGGCCGGGGAGAUCCAUGACCUGAAGGACAUGCUGGACGUGAAGGAGCGGAAGGUCAACGUUCUGCAGAAGAAGAUUGAAAACCUUCAAGAGCAGCUUAGAGAUAAGGAGAAGCAGAUGAGCAGUUUGAAGGAACGGGUGAAGUCCUUGCAGGCUGACACCACCAACACAGACACUGCCUUGACAACACUGGAGGAGGCGCUCGCUGAGAAGGAGCGAACAAUUGAACGCCUAAAGGAACAGCGGGACCGAGACGAGCGGGAAAAGCAAGAGGAAAUUGAUACCUACAAGAAAGAUCUUAAAGACUUGAAAGAAAAAGUCAGCCUGUUGCAAGGAGAUCUCUCAGAGAAAGAGGCGUCACUUUUGGAUUUGAAGGAGCAUGCUUCUUCCUUGGCUUCCUCGGGCCUCAAAAAGGACUCACGCCUGAAGACCCUCGAGAUUGCUUUGGAACAGAAGAGGGAGGAGUGCCUGAAAAUGGAGUCGCAACUGAAAAAGGCACAUGAAGCAACCUUGGAGGCAAGAGCAAGUCCAGAGAUGAAUGAUCGCAUCCAACAACUGGAGAGAGACAUUUCCAGGUACAAAGAUGAAUCUAGCAAGGCCCAGACCGAAGUUGACCGUCUCUUGGAAAUAUUGAAGGAAGUGGAAAAUGAGAAGAACGACAAAGAUAAGAAGAUAGCUGAGUUGGAAAGUCUCACCUCAAGGCAAGUGAAAGACCAGAAUAAGAAGGUCGCCAACCUGAAGCACAAGGAACAGGUGGAAAAAAAGAAGAGCGCCCAGAUGCUGGAGGAGGCCCGGCGGAGGGAGGACGACCUCACCGACAGCUCCCAGCAGCUGCAGGACAGUCUCCGUAAGAAGGAUGACAGGAUUGAAGAACUGGAAGAAGCACUAAGAGAAAGUGUACAGAUAACCGCAGAGCGUGAAAUGGUGCUAGCACAAGAGGAAUCAGCCAGGACCAAUGCUGAAAAACAGGUUGAAGAGUUGUUGAUGGCCAUGGAGAAGGUAAAGCAGGAACUGGAAUCCAUGAAAGCCAAGCUGUCCUCCACCCAGCAGUCACUGGCAGAAAAGGAAACGCAUCUGACCAACCUUCGAGCAGAGAGAAGGAAACAUUUAGAGGAAGUUCUGGAGAUGAAGCAAGAAGCUCUUCUGGCUGCGAUUAGUGAAAAAGAUGCCAACAUUGCUCUUCUAGAGCUUUCAUCCUCCAAGAAAAAGACUCAAGAGGAAGUGGCUGCACUGAAGCGAGAGAAGGACCGACUGGUGCAGCAGCUCAAACAGCAGACACAAAAUCGAAUGAAGCUCAUGGCCGACAACUACGAGGAUGACCACUUCAGGUCCUCCCAUUCCAAUCAGACGAACCACAAACCCUCCCCCGACCAGAUUAUUCAGCCCCUCUUAGAACUUGACCAAAAUAGAAGCAAAUUAAAGUUGUAUAUUGGACACCUGACAGCCCUCUGCCAUGACCGAGACCCACUAAUCCUUCGUGGACUCACUCCACCAGCUUCCUAUAACAUGGACGAUGACCAGGCAGCUUGGGAGAAGGAGCUGCAGAAGAUGACCCAGGAACAGCUCCAGGACGAGCUACGGAGAGGGGAGCAGGACAACGCAGAGCUGCAGGAGUUUGCCAACGCCAUCCUUCAACAGAUCGCAGACCACUGCCCCGACAUCCUGGAGCAGGUGGUGAACGCGCUGGAGGAGUCCUCCUGACCCCGCCCCGGGCUGUGGACCUCCAGGGGCCCGAGAGAAAGGAGGACUACAGACCCACAGGCAACCGGACACCUGCUGGCCACCAACACUACAAGCCACGACCUGUCCUGCGGGAGCGUGAUCCCAGCCCCGUGUCUACGUCUCACCUUGCACUGCCAUUCCGGGUCUCCAUGAAGAACUGCUCCACCGUCCCCACUCAUCAAGAGUAGAGAACUGGAAGCUGGUGGCUCUGCCCCUCGCCAGAGAUGCUGGGUCGAAGGCCCUCUGCCCUCCCUUCCUUUGGCGUGAGAACUAACUCUGGACUCCACGUGGGAUUUUCUGAGUGCCAAGAGAAUGCCUCCCAGUUGACUGGAGUGCUGAGCGUGUCCCACCAACACAGAUAGGUGCUUUCUCCCAAAAGAGUUUUAUUUCGCUUUGUUUCUGUUUUGUUUUGAACCCUCAGAAAGAGUAGAAAAGAAGAGGCAGGGCAGAGUGAGGAUGCCAGCUCUUUGUCAUGCCUUUGUCGUCGCCCUGUCCUGUGCAACGGCAUCACCCGCAGCCCCGGUGUCCCUCUCAGCCCUGUUCCUCAGCUGGCGAACAACAGGGUUAACAUGGCUCGCUCGGUCUCUCUGAUGUAAGACCCUCACCCUUGGCCUGCUUCGUUGUGAAAUGGUGGUCUGUAACUGAAAGAAACACGAGGGUUCCCAGACCAGGCCCUGUCCCUCCCGAAGGGGACAUGCCAGGCUGCCUUCCCCUGGCCUGCUCCCCUGGAGUUCUGCCUGCCCUCCUCUCCCUGCCAACUCUGCUCCCGGCUGGCACCCUUGGGACGCCAACCCUGAGCAUUGCCUGGAACCUUCUUGCAAGACAAAAGAAUCUUACACACAGGUUCAUUUCCCCGUGCUUUAAUUUGGAAAAACACUUGGAGGAUGCGCACUUGGACAAGUGCUCGCCCUGGCGUGGGUCUCUUUGGCAGGGGACAUUAUGGCACGUCCUGGGGGACGCAGCUCUGAGUCCACACACAAAAACAGGCGUGCCUUCCCCUGCCCAUCCUAACAGAGGUUUGCUCCUACAGAAGUCUUGGACCCCCAAACAUUUUCCAUUUCCUCGGUGUCACAGACAUGGCAGGUGUCCUGGCAGCAGAGUGCACUGGUGGCCUGCAGGAUCCCACGUUGGUGGCUUAGGAAUUUUGCUGUUUGUUGUUGUCACCCUUCGAGCGUGCCCCGUUCAGGGGGCCGUGGGCGUCCAUUCGUGACGCACCAUCGCCACACUAUAAAUCAGAAAGUCGGGCCCCAUUGGAAAUCUGGUUGACAAGAGUUGGCAUUUCGAAGGACAUUCUUCCCGGGCAUAGGCCAGGCAGUCAUCAGCAGUCAGGCACCUGGAGAGAAGCCACCUCACACAUCGCCCCCUCCACUGCCUUGGUCACCGCAAGCCCACCAGACCCACAUCUCGUGAGCUGAGCUUCUGGCUUGCCUUUUCUGCUCGCUCCUUCCCCGCUUCUCCAGAGCUUAAUUCCACCUGUAAGGUCGUCACAGGUAUCAGGCCAGCUCUGCCCGCCAGCCGCCCUUGACCGUCUCUGUAACUUCUCCUAGUUCAGACCUGGGUCUCCCUCUUUGCCUGCUGCGAAACCCAGCCUCUGGCAGAAAGACGCUGUGGAGAGUACCUUAGCACAGGUUUAAAUGGUUUCUGUUCUUAAACCUCUUACUAAAAUGCUUCCUGGGGGGCAGGGCGGGGCGUUUAGGAAGUAAGUGCUGGCUGCUUCCGGUCAGUUACCUGCUUUUUUGUUUAUUUAUUGCACUGCCCGGAAGGCGUCUGGAAAGCCCUUAGUGUGAGCUAAAGUAUUGCAAUUUCACUUUAUCCACUGCAACAUGCCAGGCUUCCCAGGCCUCUGGUAGAACAGAGGAGACCCAGGAGGAGAAGGCUAUGAGCAGGUGACCCUGGAUUCGCCACACUGGGCCCUCGUCCUCUAGGGCAACACGUGCUGCUCUGGGCCACGUGGUGUGCGAGCCACCGCGUCACCUGCCCCCUUACCCUUCCGACCUUCGUCAUCACGUCCCCUCCAGAAAACUGACAGAAGCAAGAAGGGCUUCCAAGAAGAACUUACGGGUCAGACACCUGUUUGGUGUCUGUGAAUCAGAACCGGGAAUCUCCUUGGUGCCCCUUGGCUGGCAAUCUGGCUUCUCAGAUGAUUCCAGGAACUGUAUGGCAGGAGUUCGAUGGUAAAAAAAAAAAAAAAAAAAAAAAAAUGAUCUCCCUGCAUGGUCAGGGCAAAGUGAGUGGCAUUCCCAGCACCCAGAGGGUCUUACUGAGCUCAGACCCUGUGAGAAGCCCCCACCCAGCAAGGACUUUGUCCAUAACUGUUCCCCUGGCAUUCAUGGUGUCACACGGUCACCCAAUGGCCACUGAAGGUAUAUGGCCUUGGAUACUCACUGCAGGUUGCCUGUCAUCUUCCCCAAACGGCCCCCAUACCAUCAGCAAAUCCAGUUGCCUGUUAGUACCUGAACAUCUGUACCCCGACUCAGGGCCCUCCGAAAGGCGUGAAGGAAGAACAGAUGGGACGCAGCCUGGAUCUCCUGACCGAAGACAGCAGUGCGGGUUGCUCGUCUCUCAUAUACCUCUAUCCCAGGUACUUGCUCGUUGAGUCACGGAUGAAGCAUCUGAAUUGAUAUCCACAAAAACUUGGAUAUCAUUUCAAAUGGAAAAACACUUGAAAAUGGGCUUUGCGCAUUUAGCAGGAUGAAUGGGACCGCCCAGAUCCAGCCCAGCUCUCACCUUGGUGGUUGCACCUUACAAUGAAAAAAAAAAAGAUCUUGGCUCUUCCUCACACUUGGCCUUUAGAAGUACUGGGCAAGCAGGUGGCAGUGAGACCACUGGUGGCGCUGUGACUGGCCACCUCGGUUUUCUGAGAGGAUCUCCGUGGCUCAUCCCUCCCCUAGAGUGUGGGAAGACGGAGAGAGCCCUGGUCGGCUGCCGGACCCGGCCAGCUCUUCCCCAUCCAUCGGAGGGCAACAAUGGCUUUGGGGCUUGCUUGCCAGCCAGGACCGUGCACCUGCCAGCAUUGCUUCGACACAGGCCUACCGGCUCCCCCGCGUGCCUUUGUGGGAAGACCAAAGCGGCAAGGAUUGCGUCGCCACUAGGAAGGUGACAACACAGCAUCUCCGAAGCCCCCCGGAGAACCCGUGUUAGCCAUGUUAGAAGCUCCAGCCAUGGGCAGCCUUCACAGAGCCUGCCAGGCCAGCGCCCAUCACUGCCAACCCCCCGGGCCUUGUCAGGAAGUGACUGGAGUCCUUCAAAGAAAUGUUCCCUCGCCCCUACGGGAACUAAGAGAAUAUUUGGGCAAGAAAAAAAAAUCCUCUAGGGAAAUCCUUCUGAACAAAAUGGCUGUGUUUACUCUUUUUAAGCAAAAACUGUUUCCAAACUUUUUAGUGUCACAACUGUAGCCAAGUGUCUCCUGACUUUUAUUUUUUCCCAAUGUGUUUGGUGAGUGCUGUGACCCCAUUGUAGGAAUUUCUCCUCCUGACUCUUUGCAGGGAGAAAUGAUUUUAGGGAUUGAUUUGGGUGGGGGAGGUGGAGAUUGUCCCACCCACCUCCUCCUUGUCUCUCUGCUUGUCAAUAUUGUCUGUGUGAUCCAGAGAACUGGGACAAGUUACCUUUGUGUCCGUUGUUGAGAUUAUAAAAAUAUUAAAAUGUAGCUGUAGAACUGAAAAAAAUUAAAGAGCCGUGUCUUAAAAAAAAGAAAAUGCAAAGUGAUAUCAUGUUGAUCAUGGAAUUCAAGCUACGAGGCGGCCAGGCUCCUCCGCCCAUCCCAGGUGGGCUGAGCACGUGGGCCACAGAGGGGCCACCCUGAGCCACAGGGUCAGCAGCGCCCGGGGCUCAGUGACACGCAGGUGUGCCAGGGUUUUCCUGCGCAUCCUCAGGACCUCUCGACAAAGGUUUCCAGGUUUGCGACCCAGAACCAUUCUCACCCCACCUUGGCCCCAGCCCAGCGUGCCUAAGACUUUGCCAUCGCCUGGGCUUGACCCUGAAGCCCCACUUGUACCCCUGCAGGCCACAGGACCUCUUUCCUGCCCACUUGGUGCUAGAUCAUCCAGCGACCCAUCCAACAGGGCCAAGUGCCGCCAGCCUGUAAUCCAGGUACAAUGAAUUGUACACGGAUCCCACAUCCUCUGGCUUUGGACCCCGUGUCCCUUGUCUGGAAGCUUUUUUUUAGAUACCCACCCACCCACACGUACACACACAUCGCUUGUCUCUCUGUGUUGGCCCCAGAGAGGCCAUGGUCAGGAAGGGAAAUGGACUGAAGCCAGAGGACCCACCUGGGGGGCCGGGGCAGGUGUGCUCAAGCCAGCCCCCAGUCCCCCCCCCCAUGCCAUGCUAUGCCACGCCAUGCCAGUAUUGCAUUCGGCCUGGAUGCAGCUCAACCUGCCAGAAGGGCAGCACCCCAUACUCAGGCCUGCCUGCCCUUGUGCGGGCCUCGCCCAGGUACCCACCCUGUGCGCCAGGACAUCCCAGGAUGGGACUCGGGAUGGGGGGAUGGUCCGCCUCCCCCACUUCAAAAAGGAAGCGUUGCACUUUAGUGGGGGCGCCGAGGGGCAGCAGGCGCUGCCUCCUUGUAGCUUGACUUCCCCUCCAGGACGGUAGGGGCCUCAGUGGGGGCGUCGAGUUGCCCCAGGCACCGGCCGCCUUCCGCUGUGCGCAUGUCCGCACGUGUCGGUGCAUGUCCCUGCUGGAGUGUCGCCUUACUGACGGAGUUAACAACAUUACAAAGGAAUUGUUAUAUUCAACUCUGCCUUGAUAAUUAUUGUAAACACUUUGUUCAUUUUUUUUUUCUUUUUUUAUUCACAAACUAAAUCCCUGAGGAAAUUAUAAAGUUAUUUAAAGACCGUG